AUGCCGCCCAAGAAGCCGCAGAAUGAGCCGAAGAAGAAGAAGACGGUCGAUGAUAAGACCUUUGGCAUGAAAAACAAAAAAGGUGGCUCGGCAAAAAAGCAGAUUUCCCAAUUGCAAGCACAAGCCCAGUCCAACAAGACCCCCGAUGCCAAGCGGAAAGAAGCCGAAAAGGCCCAGCGCGAGGCCGACAAGAAGGCCGCCGAACUGGCGAAGAAGGAGGCUCUGGAGUUGUUCAAGCCCCUGAGGACACAGAAGGUGCCCUUUGGUGUCGAUCCCAAGACGGUGCUAUGCAUUUUCUACAAGCAGGGCAGCUGUGAGAAGGGCAAGAAGUGCAAAUUCAGUCACGACCUGAACGUCGAGCGCAAAGCCGCCAAGAAAGAUCUGUACACUGACUCGCGCGACGAGGAAGAAGAGACCAAGAAGCAGGAUACUAUGGAUAACUGGGACGAGGCGAAACUGCGCGAUGUCGUUCUCAGCAAGCAUGGCAAUCCUCGCACAACCACCGAGAAGGUGUGCAAGUUUUUCAUCGAGGCGGUGGAGAACCAGAAGUAUGGCUGGUUCUGGGUGUGUCCCAAUGGCGGUGACAAGUGCAUGUAUAAGCAUAGUUUGCCUCCAGGGUAUGUUUUCACUCCUCAUACAAAGUACCGGAUAUGGCUAACAGUUUUCCUUCGCAGAUUCGUCCUCAAGACCAAGGAGCAGAAGGCUGCUGAGAAGGCCCUGAUGGACAAGUCGCCGCUCAACACCCUGACCCUGGAGGACUGGCUCGAGUCCGAGAGGCACAAACUGACGGGUAAAUUGACGCCGGUCACCCCAGAGACCUUCGCCGCAUGGAAGAAGGGGCGCAUGGAUAAGAAGGCUGCUGAAGAGCAGGCCCAGAAGGCCAAGGAAGCCACUGGCCGGUCGAUGUUCGAAGCCGGCGACUGGCGCGACGAUGAGAGCAGCGACGAAGAGGACGACGACGACGGCUUCAACCUGGAUGCUCUGCGGAUGGAGACCGAGCGGCUACGCGACCAGAAGGAAGAGGAGCGUCUGGCUAAGCUUGCUGGCUCUGGUGUGGAAGUUCCACCAUUGAGCGACGCAGUCAUCGCACAGGAGACCGCUGGCUGA